AUGUCUAAAGAACCUAAAUCCCCGAGAAAAGAGCGAUCGGACUCACACAGCAACAAAGAAGAAGGAGUCAUUAUUCAUAGUGAUAAGGGCCAUAUACUAGAGCUGAUAGACGAGGAUGUCCAAUCUAUCAAUAUUAUGAAGACAAAGCUUCGAGGACAUAACAAAAGUAGAAAUGAUGAUGGACCCGAUAAGAAACGUAAAAAAGCCAAUGGUCAUGAUGAAGCAGAACAACCGCACAGUGUACUGGACGGUAUGAACGACGAAGACUUCCGACAAUACAACCAAGCAAAGGAUCGUGUGCGGGAGUUUUACAAGGAACAGCAUGAGAAACAAACUAUGGCUUAUAAUCUACAGGCUCGGAUCAAUUUUAAGACGAAAGUCAGGGCCCGCAUGACGGUGUGGGAUGCCCUUUGUAAGCUCAGUAAGUUGAUAGACGAGUCAGACCCAGACACUGAAUUGUCACAGAUCGACCACGCAUUACAAACGGCAGAAGCGAUCAGGGCUGAUAACAAACCCAGGUGGAUGCAACUAGUUGGAUUAAUCCAUGAUUUAGGGAAGAUUCUUUAUUUCUUCGAUAGUGAGGGACAAUGGGAUGUUGUUGGAGAUACGUUCCCAAUUGGAUGUGGUUUUGCGAAGGAGAAUAUUUUCUACGAAUACUUUCAAGGGAAUCCAGAUAAUUCUCAUCCUAUAUACUCCACAAAGUUAGGUAUUUAUGAGGAACACUGUGGCCUCAAAUCCGUGAUGAUUUCGUGGGGUCAUGACGAAUACAUGUACUAUAUUGCCAAGAACCAAUCGACACUCAACGAUAAAGCAUUGGCUAUGAUACGUUACCAUUCAUUUUAUCCAUGGCAUCGUGAAGGUGCGUAUAGUUAUUUAAUGUCAGAAGAGGACUACGAAAUGCAAAAGGCAGUGCAAGACUUUAACCAAUAUGACCUCUAUUCCAAAGGGCUACAGAAAUUCAACUUGGAAAAGCUCAAGCCAUAUUAUUUGGAGUUAAUCGACGAGUUUUUCCCUCAAAAGACCAUCGAGUUCUGA